AUGGGUCUUUUCGAUGACGACUCCGACCAGGCUCGAGCCUACGACCAGGUCGUCAGUAGACCUCACGAAGCCGAGUGGUCUCACGAGCUCAUCGCCGCUGCCGCCUCCUACGAGGCUUCCAAGGCCUACGAAAACCACGUUGCCCAAAACGGCCAGCCUGAGAGCCACGCGAAGGCCAAGGAGAUUCUUGCGGGUUUCGCAGGUGCUUUUGUCGACCGCUUGGUCGAGACCAAGGGCCUCGACUUUAUCGACACGGAGAAGGCUAAGUACCAGGCUCACAGACAAUCUGAGGAGCCGCUUCGCAACCAUGGCGGGUGGUAG